AUUUUUUCAUGCAGUAUGAUAAACUAAAGAAUGGUGGAUUGGAAUUCAAUUUUGGAGUUAUUUAGACUAGAAGAAAGAUGGCAAGGAGUAGUAGAUGUGACAGAGAUGAAUUUGAAAAGUAUCAAAUUACAGGAAUUAGAGAUUCAACAGUUGGGUUAUUUAGGGUUUUAUUGAUUUUGAUCUUUUUUGUUACUGGUGUUGUAAUAGGGUUAACAUCAAGUUCUCAUAUUUCAUGGUAUUUUAGUUUACAAGGAGAUCGAAGGUAUAACAGUAAUAAUAAUGAUAAUCAUUAUAAUAGUUUUAAGAAAUUUAAUUGUUCGAAUAAUCAUAGUAUGUUGGAUGAUGAGUUAUUUUGGAGAGCUUCAAUGGUGCCUAAGAAGGAAGAGUUUCCAUUUACAAGAGUUCCUACUGUUGCUUUCAUGUUCUUGACAAGAGGAUCAUUGCCUUUUCUGUCUUUAUGGGAAUUGUUCUUUAAAGGUCAUCAGAAGUUUUUUACAAUUUAUGUUCAUGCACCACCUGGAUAUGAAUUCAAUUCAUAUGUUUCGAGAAAUUCACCCUUUUACAACAGCCAAAUUCCUAGUCAGAAAGUUGAAUGGGGAUCAGUGACGCUAAUCGAUGCAGAAAGGCGACUAUUAGCAAAUGCACUUCUCGAUUUCUCAAAUGAACGGUUUGUUCUCAUUUCAGAAAGCUGCAUUCCCAUCUACAGAUUCCAAACUGUUUACAAUUAUCUUCUACAAUCCGACCAUAGUUUCGUCGAGUCUUACGACGAUCCCUCGCGAUACGGUCGAGGAAGAUAUAGCCGAUAUAUGUGGCCAACCAUCAGGCUUUCGGAUUGGCGAAAAGGUUCACAAUGGUUUGAAAUCCAACGGUCUCUAGCUAUCGCAUUAGUUUCGGAUACAAAGUACUAUAAACUAUUCAGGAAGUAUUGCAAACCGUCUUGUUAUCCAGACGAGCAUUAUAUUCCGACGCUCUUGAAUAUGUUUUAUGGUUCGACUAAUGCUAAUCGGACUGUGACUUAUGUUGAUUGGGCGUUAGGUGGUCCUCAUCCGACUUCUUAUGGAAAAAGUAAUAUAACCGAAGGGUUUAUAGAGAGUAUUAGGAAUAACGGGACGCGAUGUUCUUAUAAUUCGGGGAAAACAACAGUUUGUUACCUUUUUGCGAGGAAAUUUUCGCCGGAUGCUUUGGAACCGUUGAUGAAUCUUGCUUCGACGGUUAUGAAAUUUUGAAUUAUAGUUUUUUUUUUUUGUUAAUAUGGGAUUAUUUAUAAUGGGGUUCUUUUUUUUAUACAGUUUAUUUUGGUAUGGGAUUUGGAUAGCGAUUAAAAUAUUGAAUCUUGUACAUUGUAUAGCGAUCGAAAGAUUGAAUUGCAAGAAUAUAAAACAAAUCUUUGGUACCA